UCAACCGCAAAGAGAUGCUCAACGCGUUCAGGCACAAUGAACCGACGGCUGCGGCAGUACACACGGCUUUAAUGUGAGCGUUUGUACACACUGUCAGAUCUGAAGAUGACGGGCCAGGCGGCAGAGAGAGACCGGUCGCCCCACAACCUGUCGGUGAAGACCCCCCUGGAGGAGGAGAUCGGGAGAGCUGAGAGCAUUUUCAGCAGGGUGCCAUCUGUCUGUGAUGACACAUCCUCAGAGCUGCAGAGAGUCGCCGCUCUCGACCCCCACGGAGGCAAUUCCAGGAAUUCCUUUCAAAGGAUUGGAGCCGUCUCAAGACUGGUCAGCCUGGUGGUGAGGCUGAGGGAAUGGGCACACAGGAGUCUGCUGGAGGAGGAGCGGCCAGACUCCUUCCUGGAGCGCUUCCGUGGCCCUGAGCUGAGGACGGCUCCCAGCCGCAUCAGCAACACACAGCCAGAUGCCAACGGCACCAGCGCCAAAGGCAUCUUUAAAAAAAAGUGGGAUUUGUUUGUGGUGUCCCCGUCCGAUAACGCCUACUACCGCUGGUUAUUUGUUAUCGCCAUAGCGGUGCUGUACAACUGGUUCCUCGUUGUUGCAAGGGCAUGCUAUGAUGAGUUACAGGUGAGGAAUUACAUCUGCUGGCUGGUGUUGGACUACCUCUCUGACACCGUGUACAUCAUGGACACUUGUGUCCGACUACGCACAGGGUUCUUGGAACAAGGCCUGCUGGUGAAGGACCACGCCAAGCUGAGGGACAGCUACGUCCGAACGCUGCAGUUCAAGCUGGAUGUGGUGUCCAUCCUGCCCACCGACCUGGCGUACAUCUCCACCGGCAUCAACACACCCCAGCUCAGGUUCAACCGCCUGCUGCGCUUCCCCCGCAUGUUUGAAUUCUUUGACCGCACCGAGACGCGCACCAACUACCCCAACAUCUUCCGUAUCUGCAACCUGGUGCUGUACAUCCUGGUCAUCAUUCACUGGAAUGCCUGCAUCUACUACGCCAUAUCCAAGUCUUUGGGAUUCGGCUCGGACACUUGGGUGUUCCCCAACAACUCCAAACCAGAGUUUUCCUCCCUGACGCGGAGUUACGUCUACUGUCUGUACUGGUCGACGCUGACUCUUACCACCAUCGGGGAGAUGCCUGCACCUGUGCGAGAUGAAGAGUACCUGUUUGUGGUCUUCGACUUUCUUGUCGGGGUGCUGAUCUUUGCCACGAUCGUGGGAAACGUUGGCUCUAUGAUUGCCAACAUGAAUGCCACCCGUGCUGAGUUUCAAGCGCGGAUCGACGCCAUCAAGCACUACAUGCACUUCCGUAAAGUCAGCAAAGAACUGGAGACGCGCGUCAUUAAAUGGUUCGACUACCUGUGGAUCAACAAGAAAGCCGUGGACGAGCAGGAGGUGCUAAAGAACUUGCCAAACAAGCUGCGGGCUGAGAUCGCCAUCAAUGUGCACCUGGAGACCCUGAAGAAAGUGCGCAUCUUUCAGGACUGUGAGGCAGGACUGCUGGUUGAGCUGGUGCUCAAACUACGACCGCAGGUCUUCAGUCCAGGAGACUACAUCUGCAGAAAGGGGGACAUAGGUAAGGAGAUGUAUAUCAUCAAGGAGGGGAAGCUGGCUGUGGUGGCCGACGACGGGGUUACACAGUACGCUCUCCUCACCGCUGGCAGCUGCUUUGGCGAAAUCAGCAUUCUGAACAUAAAAGGUAGCAAAAUGGGAAAUCGACGGACAGCCAACAUCCGCAGCUUGGGUUACUCUGACCUCUUCUGCCUCUCCAAGGAUGACUUGAUGGAGGCAGUGACCGAGUAUCCGGACGCCAAGACCGUGCUGGAGGAAAGGGGCCGGGAGAUCCUGAUGAAGGAGGGCCUGUUGGAUGAGAACGUGGAGAGCGGAGGGCUGCAGAAAGAGGACACGGAGGAGAAGGUGGAGAGGCUGGAGUCGUCCCUGGACAGCCUCCAGACUCGCUUUUCCCGUUUACUCAGCGAGUACACGCACACUCAGCAACGGCUGAAGCAGCGGAUCACUCUCCUGGAGCGGCAGCCAUAUCAAAUGGACUGCGGCGCGGAUGCGAACCAGGACACCGGCACACAUGCAGAGACGUCCAGUGAAGCAGAGCCCGUGUCUCCAUGUCAGAAUAAUGUGCAGAUAGAGGACAAGAAGAGCACGACAUGAAAACAUUAACUGUGUCGUUUAGGAGAAUAGAGACUUUCUGAGAUACUUGACUCAGACUCAUUAAGAGUACAGCAGAAACCUCACCCCUGGACUUUACAGCCACUGUGCGAAUGUUCCAUCAGUUAAAUGGAGUGUAAAGAGAUGACCACAUGUCAAUAAACAUGAAAAGAAAGCUGACAACAUGGCCACACCCAAACAGUUUUUGAGUUCUUGAUUUUGCCAAAACCCAGUGAGUUGAAUGUGUUUAAAUGUCAGCUUUAGUCACUUCCCAGGAGAUACCAAAUUACAGCAUGGAGAAAACAUGUCUGAUGAGAAAAUAUAAAGUCAGCAUAUUAAGUUAAAAUGUCUUCUUGGUUUUU